GCAUUUGGUUUGUCUUGUCUUGCCAAUACUUCACCCCCUCCCUGAAGGCCCCCUCGCAAGGAAAGCACGAGAGCACCUUCCUUCUCGGUGGGAAUUGAAUCAAGACAAUUGCCUAGCCCACAAAACAAGGAAGGGCAGAGAAGGGUUUAAUAAUUAGAAAGAAAAGAAAAAAUGGUAUUCCCACCGUCUCCAACCGAAUCCAUCGGUUUGUUCCCCCUCCCCCUCCUCCUCCCUCCUCCAUCGCAAACUAACCACCACCAUCAAAUCCCAGACUGGGACAACAUUGGCUUCCGAGUGCGCGAAGUCAAUGGGCACAUCCAAUGCACCUACUCCAUCCACACCAAGCACUGGACCGCGCCAACCUUCGUCCGUUCCCCCAUCCUCCCAAUCCAUGGGAUGGCUCCGGCCCUAAACUACGGCCAGCAAUGCUACGAAGGGCUGAAAGCCUUCCGCUCCGCCUCUUCCAACUCGAUCCACCUCUUCCGCCCGCUCUCCAAUGCCAAGCGCCUCGAGCACUCUGCCAGCUUUGUCAGCAUGCCCGCCCCGUCGCCGGAACUCUUCCUAAAAGCUGUGGAGAUGGCCGUCUCCCUGAAUGCGGAGUUCGUGCCGCCCGCGCAGUCCGGCGCGAGCAUGUACAUCCGGCCAGUGCUCUUCGGCUCGAGCGCGCAGUUGGGGCUGAGUCCGCCGGAGGAGUACAUGUUCGUUGUGUUCGUGCUCCCCGUCGGGGUCUAUCACGGGGUUAAACCUGUGGACUGCCUGAUCCUGGAGAGCUUUGACCGUGCGGCGCCGAAUGGCACCGGGUCCGCUAAGAUUGGCGGGAACUAUGCCCCCGUUCUUAGGCACUCGGAUGCAGCGCGGGAAGAAGGCUUCGGGAUAACGCUCCACCUGGACUCCCAGACGAGGACCUACAUCGACGAGUUCUCCACAUCUGGCUUCAUCGGCGCCCUCCCGGACAAGAGGCUCGUCAUCCCCUCCAGCGAUAGCAUCAUCGAAAGCGUCACCAGUGACAGCGUGCAGAGGAUCGCAAAAGACCUGUUCGGCUGGGACGUACAAACGCGCAAGGUCAAGGAAGCGGAGCUGGAGGACUUUGUCGAGGUCUUCGCUGCGGGCACGGCCGCAGCGCUUGUCCCCGUCAAGAGUAUAACGAAGAAGAGCACAUCCUGGAAGAAGGUCUACGGCGGCGAAGAGCCGGGUGAGAUUUUUGUCGCGUUGUUGGACGGGUUGAAGGGCAUACAAAGUGGCAGGGACAAAGACCCGUUCGGAUGGAGGGUCCCCGUCCGGGAAUUCAAACUCGACGAGGCCACCGGUCAGGAAGUCGAGGCUGUUGAUCAGAUGCCCUAGUCUUUUAUUUCCCUCUUCACCCUCACUAUUUCCUAUCUAUUUAUUCUCACUGCCCAAAUAUAUCAUAUUAUAUAGGUGUGUGCGUGUGUGUAAAGCAAGGCCUUGCUGCCUAAUAAAGAUGAUACAGACAUGCACGCAUACAUAAAAUUAUACCAAUCAUUGGCGGAUGAUCACGGAAUAUCACUCG